GCCGUGCCCACCCCGCAUCGCUGUGCGUUUUUCUUCCAGGAGGUGGAAGCGCUGGUCGCCCAUUGGAACCUCUACAUCAACCUGGGGGGUUUCUUCGUGGGGCUGUUCUCCGUGACUCUCUUCGGGCCGUGGAGCGACAGCGCGGGCCGGCGGCCGGUGCUGGUACUGCCGGCGGUGGGCAUGGCGAUGCAGGCGGCCGUGUACCUCCUCGUCAUGUACCUGCGGCUGCACGUCGCCUUCCUGCUCCUCGGGCGCAUCGUCAGCGGUCUCCUGGGGGAUUACAACCUGAUCCUGGCCGGCUGCUUCGCCUCCGUAGCCGAUAGCAGCGACCGGCGCGCCCGCACCUUCCGCGUGGCCGUCCUCGAGGCCUGCCUUGGCGUGGCGGGCAUGGUGGCCAGCCUCGGUGGGGGCCGGUGGCGUAAAGCUGAGGGUUACAUCAACCCCUUCUGGCUGGUGCUCGCCGCCGGCCUCGCUGCCGCCCUCUAUGCUGCUCUGUGUCUGCAGGAAACGGUGAAGCAGCGGAGAGCGGCCAAGCUGUUGACUCUCCAACACUACAAGGCUGUCUACAAGCUGUACACGGCCCCGGAAAACCUGAGCUCCAGGAGGAAGCUUGCCCUCUACUCUUUGGCUUUCUUUCUUCUUGUCACUGUCCAUUUCGGAACCAAAGACCUCUAUGUUUUGUAUGAACUCGGCUCCCCACUCUGCUGGGCCUCAGAUCUCAUUGGGUACGGCUCAGCUGCCAGCUACCUGGCGUACCUGAGCAGCCUGGGGGGGCUGCGGCUGCUGCAGCUCUGCCUGGAGGACACCUGGGUGGCAGAGAUAGGACUCAUCUCCAAUAUUGCUGGGCUGGUGGUGAUUUCUCUUGCUACUACAACACCACUGAUGUUUACAGGUUAUGGGAUUAUGUUCCUGUCCAUGGCAGCUACUCCAGUUAUCAGAGCCAAGCUCUCCAAGCUGGUCAGUGAGACGGAGCAGGGUGCACUCUUUGCCUCUGUUGCCUGCGUGGAAGGGCUGUGCUCACUUGUGGCUACAGGGGUGUUCAACUCCCUCUACCCUUCCACCUUGCACUUCAUGAGGGGAUUCCCUUUUCUUUUUGGAGCCAUCGUUCUCCUUAUUCCAGCAGCUAUCAUGGGGUGGAUAGAAAUCCAAGACUCCAACCUUCAGUACAGCCACUUCUCAGAUGCUUCCUCGUCCCCUGCAGAUGGCUGAGCAGCAGCUUAGCAAGAGGAAUUGGCCAUUCUGACAGUGUCUGUCCAUAGACUGCUCUUUGUUCUUCACUUGCAGAGCAGAUCAGUGUCUGAGGGACACCUUGGUUGUCCUCAGUGAUUUUUAAAUGCCCAAAAGUUGGAAGUCAUGGCUCUGAGAGCCAGGGAAAAGUUGAUGUGCAGAUGUGAAUAUCUUCUUGCUCAUUACAGAGAAACCCAAGGGACUACUCA